AAUUUUUGCCCAAUUUACAUGUUUUCUCAUGGCUCAUUUUCAUUUUCCCGCCGUGACAUAGCGCCUAAAAACUCAAAACCCUAAAAAUGUCGAACAUAUACAAUUCAUUACCUUUUGUGAGAUUUUCCUCCACAAAAUCAAUGGCGGAAGAAGAAACAUCAACUCGACCAGAGUUUCCUCUCGGAAGAGUAAAGAAGAUAAUGAAACUCGACAAAGAAAUCAACAAAAUCAACUCAGAAGCUCUUCACGUCAUCACUUACUCCACAGAACUCUUCCUCCACUUCCUCGCCGAGAAAUCAGCUAUUGUUACGGCGGAGAAGAAGCGAAAAACUGUUAAUCUCGAUCAUUUAAGAACCGCCGUUAAAAGACACCAACCCACGAGUGAUUUCCUCUUAGACUCUCUUCCGUUACCGGCUCAGCCAGUCAAACAUACCAAAUCAGUUUCCGACAAGAAGGCUCCUCCGCCGCCAAUUGGGACUCGUCGUAUCGAUGAUUUCUUUAGUAAAGGGAAAGAGAAGACUGAUGAUUCAGCCUAAUGUAAAAUUUCUUAUUUUGUUCUCAAUUGCAAAUUGUUACUCUUGUGCUCAAAUCAAAAUCUUGUUUUGCUAAAAUUGUAAUGAGAAUGUAUGGAUCAUGAGGAACUUUUAACCGAAAUAAACCUGAUUCUUGUCCUGUGACUGAGAUAAA